GUCCGUCGGCGUCCGGUGCCAGGCGAGCGCGCUCGUGGCUGCGGCGAGCGGAUAUUUAGGAACCAAGGGUCAAAGUGGCUUGGAUUGAGAGUAGAAGGAUCAGGUAGAAGAAAAGCUAGUGAAGCUUAAGCUGUGAUCAUGACUACAGAGGUUGGCUCUGCCUCUGAAGUGAAGAAAGAACCUGAUCAGUUGGGAGCAGAUGCAACCAAGGAUAACUCUGAAAAAGUAGCAGAAAACCAGCAGAAUCAGUCACCUGCACCCUCUCCUCCAGCUGACAGCCAAAGUAGUCCACACCUCCGCUACCAGAAGAGAGAGAAGGAUCCAUCUGAGAGUAGGGGUAUUUCUCGAUUCAUACCUCCAUGGCUGAAGAAACAGAAGUCAUACAACUUAAUAUUGGCCAAAGAUGGAGGGGAUAAAAAAGAACCUACCCAAGCUUUUGUGGAAGAACAGAUACUGGAUAAGGAGUCUCCUCAGGAAGAAAAAAGGCAGGCAAAGGGUGAUGCUGAUGAAAUAGCUCAGAGAAAACAGCAAGAGCCGAAGAUUGACACUGAGGAAGAAAAACCAAUGGUGAGCAGUGCAGAGACACAGCCUGCUGAAGAUGAGCAAAAAAAGAAAGAGGAGAAAGUAAAGGACAUUCAAGAAUACAAACUGGAAGGAGAAACUGCCAAACAGGAGACAAAGGAAGUGCAGACCAAUGAAGUUAAAAUGGAGAAGUCCUCUCAGAAAGUCAUCAAAAAGACCAAAAAUAUUCCAUGUAAAGUGGCCCUCCUCGAUGGUACUGAAUAUAGCUGUGAUCUGGAGAAACAUGCUAAGGGACAAGUAUUAUUUGACAAAGUAUGUGAACACCUCAAUCUCUUGGAGAAGGACUACUUUGGACUUUCUAUUCAGGAAAACUCUGAGAAAAAAAACUGGCUGGAUCCUGCAAAAGAAAUAAAGAAACAACUGCGAAACCUUCCUUGGCUAUUCUCCUUCAAUGUGAAGUUUUAUCCUCCUGAUCCUUCUCAGUUGACUGAAGAUAUCACCAGAUACUUCUUGUGCCUUCAGCUCCGCCAGGACAUUGCCUCGGGCCGCCUGCCCUGCUCUUUUGUGACACAUGCCCUCCUGGGCUCUUACACUCUGCAAGCUGAACUCGGGGACUAUGACCCAGAACAGCAGGGCAACAGUGACCUCAGUGAUUUUCACAUUGCCCCCACACAGAGUAAGGAGCUGGAAGAAAAGAUGUCAGAGCUGCACAGAACCCACAGGGGCUUAUCUCCAGCACAAGCUGAUUCUCAGUUCUUAGAAAAUGCAAAGAGGCUUUCCAUGUAUGGUGUUGACCUACAUCAUGCCAAGGAUUCAGAAGGUGUGGAUAUCAAGCUAGGUGUGUGUGCUAAUGGACUUCUCAUUUACAAAGACAGACUGAGAAUUAAUCGGUUUGCUUGGCCGAAAAUCUUGAAGAUUUCUUAUAAGCGCAGCAACUUCUACAUUAAAGUGAGGCCAGCAGAGCUGGAACAGUUUGAGAGCACCAUUGGGUUCAAACUGCCAAACCACCGGGCCGCAAAAAGACUAUGGAAAGUGUGUGUGGAACAUCAUACUUUCUACAGGCUUGUGUCUCCAGAGCAGCCACCAAAGGCUAAAUUCUUGACCUUGGGUUCCAAAUUUCGCUACAGUGGCCGCACUCAAGCCCAGAGCCGGCAAGCCAGCACGCUCAUUGAUCGGCCUGCACCACACUUUGAGCGCACCUCUAGUAAACGGGCUUCUGAGAUUCUUGAUGGAGCUAUUGUUGGAAUUGUGGACCAAAGUCUUAAGAAGGAUUUUCCUGGCCGCACAGGAGAGGUUUCUGCAUAUGGCCCUGGAGCUGUCACCACUGCUAUGGUACAAGAAGGGGAUGGCAGAAGGGACAUCAUAAGCCUAGCAAAAGCCCCACAUGUGCAAGUCAUUGAAGGAAAGAAAAAUUCCCUGAGAGUAGAAGGGGAUAAUAUUUAUGUCAGACAUAGCAAUUUAAUGUUGGAGGACCUGGAUAAAGCCCAGGAGGAAAUACUGAGACAUCAGGCUAGCAUUAGUGAACUCAAGCGCAAUUUUAUGGAAUCCACACCUGAGCCGCGCCCUAAUGAGUGGGAAAAACGACGUAUCACACCUCUGUCUCUACAGACUCAAGGGAGAAAAGGAGACCAUCUUUUCAAGGAUAUUUUGUCCAGGAAGGAGAAGCAUCCAAUGGUGACAACGCUGACAGUUGAAGAAAAGGCCCAGGAAGCAGACAAGAGCCUAGAAGAGGAGAUAACAUCACUUUUGUUUAGUGAAAAGGGCUUUCCUGAUAGCGUGAAAGCCUCCUUCACCUCAGCCACCACGUGGACAGCAGAGGGCACUGUUGUCAGCUCUCAUGCACCUUCUGAAAAGCUUUCUUCCUGGCCCUUCUCAAAGUUGCCUGAGAAACGUGCUCCCGAGUCCGAAGGGCCUUGCAGUGGAGCCAGUGAUGCUGUCGAGAGUUCACAUGAGACUCUGAAUGUAGUGGAGGAGAAGCAGCAGGCAGAGGUUGGGAAAGACGAAAGAGUAAUCACAGAAGAAAUGAACGGUAAAGAGCUAUCACCUGGGAGUGGUCCUGGGGAGAUGCCUAAGGUGGAGCCUGUGACACAGAAAGACUCCGCCUCCCUGUCUUCUGAGAGCAGCAGCAGCAGCAGUGAGAGCGAAGAGGAAGAUGUGGGAGAGUACCGGCCCCACCACCGUGUCACCGAGGGCACCAUAAGGGAAGAACAGGAGGAGGAAGAGGUGGAGGAAGAAGCUGGAAGAGCAGCCAAGGUAGUAGAGAGGGAGGAAGCAGUACCAGAAGCCAGCCCAGUCAAACAAGCAGGGGUCAGUGUAAUCACAGUAGAAACAGUGACCCAGGAAAAUAUAGGGGAUCCCAAGAUACCUGCUGAGAAGAGUGUAAAUGAAGGCUCUAUUAAGCAAGACAUGAGCGAAGAAACAGAGGAGGAGCAACAACAUAAAGUUAACGGAGAGGUGUCUCAUGUUGACAUUGAUGUUUUGCCACAGAUUAUUUGUUGUUCAGAGCCACCAGUGGUAAAAACAGAGAUGGUAACAAUUUCUGAUGCCUCACAAAGGACAGAAAUCUCCACCAAGGAAGUCCCUAUUGUCCAAACUGAGACCAAAACCAUCACAUAUGAGUCUCCACAGAUUGAUGGAGGGGCUGGUGGUGACACAGGCACCUUACUGACUGCACAAACCAUCACAUCUGAGUCCGUGUCGACAACAACAACUACACACAUCACCAAGACUGUGAAAGGUGGAAUAUCUGAAACAAGAAUUGAGAAACGCAUUGUGAUCACAGGAGAUGCAGAUAUCGAUCAUGACGAGGCGCUGGCCCAGGCCAUCAGGGAAGCACAAGAGCAGCACCCUGACAUGUCGGUCACCAGAGUGGUUGUGCACAAAGAAACGGAGUUGGAGGAAGGGGAUGAUUAAGUAAGAUAUUUCAAUUUUUAAACAACAUUUGACUUUGUGAAACUGAAGAAUUUUUGACCAUUCCAAGUUUAAUGCCACACCGUGACUCCAGUGACUAUAUCCUGUGACUGGUAACAAUGACCAGAAGCCUGAAGAAUUAAAUUGCCAACACCAAACCUUUCUUUACCAGCUCUGGUCUAUACUGUUCCCUUGCAUUUUAAUAUAUUAUCUUGUUUCAUAACCACUUUAAAAUAUUUAGUUCUUUUUUUGUUAAUUUUGUUUCCUGGUUACUUUUGUACAAGUACAAGUACCUGCUUUUUACAACAUUUUUAACAAAAUGAUAGUGAGCAAAGCCAGCCCACGCAGGAAAGGUGCUGUUCACUUGAACGGGUGCUGUUGUGCUGAAGGAAACUAAUUUAGAUAGUAGCUUUCCUUCUUUCCAAAUUCUUCUCAUUGAAUUCUUACAGUUAAUAUUGACAGUUUUCUGAUUACAGUAAAUAUACUAUAUAAGAAACUAUUAAUACAGAUUAAAAGCAUUUCUUACAUCUUAAAAUUUUUCUAAUGUUUUGAGAAUUUUAUUGGGGGAUAUUUUUUAUAUCAAAUCCUUUGGACCUUCCAGUCCUAUGACUUUGUACUUUUAGUAGAAAGUCAGAUAUCUCUAUACUGGAAAAAUUUUGAAGUUGUAGCUGACCACACACUGUGUUGAGAGACCCUGUCCCACCACAGUGCCAAUGCUUCUCUGACACAUGCUCUUCAGCAGCAUUCCAGAAAUAGAAGGGAAGAAAGAAAAUGAUUCCUUGCUUCUCUUCUACUAAACAUAUGUAGGAAGCUUGAAACCUUAGUGCUUUCUUAACAUGUCCAAAUUUCAACACUUUCAAUAUUUGAGCACUUAUUAGGACAUUUUCUUUGUGUGUAAAACUGACCUUUUUGUUAUGGAGCACAUAUAUCUCUUUCAGAUAGUUUGAGACUCAUACAUGCUUGAAGACCCCAGGGAGAGGAUGAGGAGAGGAUUAGGAGAUGUAGUAGGCUUUUUUGAUGGUUCUAAGAAAACUAUAAAAACAAUCUACCAUUCAAAGCUGACACUAGAAACUUGAUAGGGAUUUAUUAACUGUAUUGAACCCUAUUUCCUUUGCUUUGACCCUGUGUAUAGUCAUGAUUAGUUUUACAGCAGCUUUAAAUUGUAUUAAAUGAUAUUUUGCUUCCUGUAAUACUGUUAUAAAAUAAAAUUUGUUUAUUCUCUAAA